CGCCCUCUCCACCCAAAUUCUGCUACUUGCCAAUACACCUUCCGACACCGUGUCUGUAGGUCCUCCCCUGAAUGACUCAGAUGCGGAGUAUUCACACGUUCCUUCGGCCAUCUGCGACCUACUAUGAUGCUCAGGUGGUGGACCUUGGAAAUGUGCCACUACUUUCUAUGUUACAAGCUAUGGAUCUGGUCAUUCAAAGUUUUCUACGAGCCGCGUGUUGGGGCGAGUGUUUCUGAAUUGUAGGUCCUCGCAACCUGUCUCUGAGCUAAUGUCAAUGGCGAGAGACGUAUGGCGAUGGUGUAAAGUUCAUCAGAAGUGGCUCCAAGAUGUGAACGCCUGUGUGACACAAAAAGGUUUAGAGCAUGUAAAGACCGAUUCAGCACCACGUUCCUUCUCACCCUCAUCAAGAUCUGUAUUCUCCAGCAGGCUGAAUUGCACCGAGAGCAGUGGGAAAAAAUUACACAAAGGAAGCGUAGCUGCAUCCAACCGGUGGCGAGACGAUAGCAAUACCCUAGAUCCGGUUCCCAAUUUCACCGCUAAAAAGGACAAGAAGCAGGGUUGUUCUCAAUCUCAGGAACAUCUAAUGUCUCUACCCAAAAGUUUAGGAACAGACUUGCAAGAGUGUUCCCCUGCUUCAGCCCUCCCUACAGAAGACCUUGCAGAUGUUGAGGAUGUCUGGCCGCAGACAUUCUCAUCAAGAUACAGGAAACCGGUCAAGUGGCUUUUUGCAGAGGCUCCCAUGCAAAAUAAUUUUCGUCAAAAUAUUAGCGAGAGCGAAAACUGGGUAACCGUGUUCAGCUCUGUCCCAGAUCACGAUCCUGGAGGGCGUCCUGACAGAUUCGACACCAGCGAACUGUUGGACGUGAUACGGGAGUUUGAGAAGUGUGGGACGAUUGUAGAGCGAGUCGUUGGACCUGAUGCCGCGAAUUGGAUCCAGCUUCAGUUUCAGAGUUCACAGGAAGCAGGCCAGGCAUUGAUGAAGAGUGGAUUAAGAUUGAAAGGGGGCACAACAGUGAUAUGUCGAAAUUUGGACGAGAAACAGCGCAAACAGUUGCUGCUUGGGACGAUCUCCAAGUCCGGCAAUCAAUUAGGGCCCGGACCAUCAAGUUCCAAUCUGCCUAAAUCCCAUGGGUCUGUCGACGGGAAUUUUUCGGAAGAGGAACUUCCCAAGUCCAGCCUCUCAAAAUUUGUCGACCUCGUGUUUGAUAGUGAUCGAUAUCAUCAGAUUACACCAGCCGGAUACAUCAUACCAAUUAGGUUCGAACCGGGCUUGUACAAGGAGCUCUUCAAGUCCCAGAUUCACCAUUGCGACGCUUUUGUGACCCCGCAGUGCGACCCGGCAGCAAAUCAACCCUUGUUUUUCGAGUACCCUUGGAAGCCAACAGAUCCAUGUGACUACACGCUAAGGAAAAUUGAGGAGCUGCAAGAUCGGGCUCAGGAAUGUCUCGCCAGUAGCAUGCCUUCUCAGGGACUCAUUUCCCGCCCCACUGGUAAAACGUGCUGCGAUGAGAACACAUGGAGGAACAACGAUCUCGUAAACCACUCAUAGAUACGCCACCAUAGGACCUAAAUGACCGUGAACCACCACUAGAUCCUGACUUCCCUAUGA